CUUUUUGUUGUAUACAAUGUUUAGUAUAUUAUGUGUUAUACAGUACUGUAUAUACAGUAUUGACGAAUAGAAUUAAUGUUAUAAACACUGUAAACACUAUAACACUAUAAACACAACAUAUUUGUUGUGGUUUUUUACAAACAAUUGCUUUGCCAUCAAAACAAAGACAACAACUGUUUGUAUAUUGAUUUGUUGGUGACAUUAAUUGGUGACAAUUUGAUAACACAUUUGGUCACUGAUAUAACAAUCAAUAGUCUAAUUUAGUCCAUAUUAACGGUUAAAGUAAAUGUAAACCUAGUUUUUGUUAUAAACAUUACUAUUGAUUGAUAUCUUAUCAAUGGAUUCACUUCGUGAACAAGUGAUGAUCAAUCAGUUUGUUUUGGCCGCCGGCUGUGCCCGCGAUCAGGCCAUACAAUUACUUCAGAAGACGCACUGGCAGUUUGAGACGGCUUUAAGUAUGUUCUUCCAGGAGUCCAAUGCCUGUCAUUCAAACCCUCAUUUCAAUGCUAUGUGUACUCCUGCCAACACCCCGGCCACUCCACCCAACUUUCCCGAAACAUUACUGGCCUUUUCAAAAAUGUCAACAACAGCUGAGAACAAAGGACUGAGAGAGAGGUCCAACUCGUGUUCAAACAACCCAUUGAUUUACACUCAACCAAAUCUAAUGCCAACUAAUAAUAAUAUAAUGAAUAGUAGAGUACAACUCCAUCACAACCACAAUCAUAAUCAUAACUUACAGCACAUGAAUGCUGGCAAUCGAGUACUUAACGCAACCGCUGGACAAACACCAAACCAGCGAUAAAGUGUCCGAUCGUUGAUUUGAUUCAAUUUUUAUUUCAUAAUUGAUUUAAUUUCGUAAAUUGUUUUGUCAUAAAUUCAUAUAUAAAUUGGAAAAUAAAUAAAUUAAAUGACUUAAAAACGCACAUCACUUUCAAAUAGUGGUUUGUACUCAAAUAUAUGAUAAAACUAUAAAUUAUAUUAACAUAAUUUUAAAUGA